AGCGAGCGGCCGCAGCAGUGACGACUGUGGCAGAGAAGGCCCGGAGGGGCUCUGCGUUCUGGAGUGGCGCUGCUUGGGCCGGUGGCUGAUUGAGGGCAACUGGUGUCGUAAUUGAGGAGAGAGCUGCGAGUGUGUUCGGCAUAUCCCGGUCGGGAUCCCAGCCACGAUGAGUGCUGCCCGGGAGUCUCACCCACACGGGGUGAAGCGUUCAGCCUCCCCCGACGACGAUCUUGGAUCUAGCAAUUGGGAAGCAGCGGACUUAGGCAAUGAAGAGAGAAAACAAAAGUUCUUGAGACUUAUGGGUGCAGGAAAGAAAGAACACACUGGUCGUCUUGUUAUAGGAGAUCACAAAUCAACAUCUCACUUCCGAACAGGGGAAGAAGACAAGAAAAUUAAUGAAGAACUGGAGUCUCAGUACCAGCAGAGCAUGGACAGUAAACUCUCAGGCCGGUACCGGCGGCACUGUGGACUUGGCUUCAGCGAGGUAGAAGAUCACGAUGGGGAAGGUGAUGUGGCUGGGGAUGACGAUGACGACUCCCCUGACGCUGAGAGUCCAGAUGACUCGGACAGUGAUUCUGAGUCUGAAAAGGAGGAGUCUGCAGAAGAACUCCACGCUGCUGAGCAUCCUGAUGAUGCAGAAGACCCGAAGAGCAAAAAAGAUGCAAAGAGCAAUUAUAAGAUGAUGUUUGUCAAGUCCAGUGGCUCAUAACUAUUAAACACUUAGUCUUUGUAUUAAAAGUAAGCCUUAUUGUUAUAAUGCACAGUGGAGGACUGCUUAUAGAGCACAGACCUUUGUAUUAUAAUUUUUAAAAAGGCCCUUUUAAAUAACUACAAAGAGUGUUUGCUUUCAAAUGCCAUGGGUUACACUUUUCCAGGCAUGACUAUAACCAUUUUUGUAAAGAGUCAGAGUUGUAUAAAAUGAGAAAUAAAUACUGUACUCAGCUUC